AUGGGAAAGGGAAGCAAUGCAUGCAAGAAAAACACUGCGCGCGCUCGCGCAGACGAGGCCAAGACGAAAGAGCCGAAGUCGCAGUUGAAGUCGAACCAGGCAGCCAUGUCCAUCAAGUGCAAAAUCUGCAUGCAGCCGUUUAUGAAAACGCAGAGCGUGGCGCAGCUGAACGAGCAUGCAACGAACAAGCACAACAAGACCGUCGCGGAGUGCUUCCCAGACAUGACCAGCUGA